UCGCUAAUUUUUUAUGCAUUUUUCUAAACUGUCAUGGCGAUUUUGUGUCCUUGGAAAUAAACCGCGCCAGUGGCUCUCUCUCUCGCGGGCGGACCGGGCGGACGUCUCGCCGGUGAGAGCGCGUGUCCAGCGUCCGCAGCAGGUGAGCGGUCCUCCGGGGAGGGUUUAUCCACGGAGAGGGGUCCCCGAGACGGACUUUAGGGUCCACACGUGUAGGAGACGGGUUCAGCAGCAGAGCUAGCUGGAUGAAGUGAAGGAAUAGAAGAUGAAAAUACACAAGAAGGACAAGCAGCAGAUGUUCACUGGCGUCCUGAAGCACACUCCUCCUCCGGCCUCCUCGUCCUCCUCGGCAGCGUCCUCCUCCUCCUCGGACCAAAAGAGUAACGCACAAACGGUUCCCACAAUCCUUCGGGGACACCUGGUCGUGGGGUCCAAGGACCGGCUCCGCCUCCUCACCCCUGUUGGCGGCACGGCCAAUCACUGCGCGGCGGCCGGGGCCCACGCAGCCAAGCACUCCGGAGGAGCCCCGCGACCUCCUUCCUCCCUCAGCGAGGAGGAUGAUGGAGGAGGAGGAGGCGGAGGCGGCAGGGUGAAGAAGAAACGGAAGAAAAAGGACAAGAGAGAACGUGAGAGAGGAGGAGGAGGAGGAGGGGAGGUGGAGGAACGGGAAAGCAGCAAACCAAAGAAACGAAAGGAGGAGAAGGAAGCGACGACGGUCACGCUGAGGAGGAGCAGGGAGCCCAAGGAAGGCAAGGAGCGAAGGAGCAAAGGGAAGGAGCCCAGGAAGGAGCCCAGAAAGGAGCCCACGAAUGUGGCGAGAGGGAAACCGCCAGGGGCCACGGUGGCCCCGGGUCCGGCCCUGGUCAAGGUCCCAGGCAAGAGGGGAAGGAAACCCAAGGUCAAAGUCCUUCCUCCGGUUCCCACCAACCAAGCGCCUCCUCCUGUCCCAGGUGUCCUCACCAAAGGACAGACCCACAGCGCCCAGAGCCACGGCAAGAACCACAGACAGGCCAACAGCAAGACCCUGGUCCCCUUAGCCCCGAGACAAAGGGGCCGCAAACCCAGAGAUCCGGGUGCAGCGCCGCUGGAGAAGAAGAAGAAGGGGAAGAGGAGAAACCAGGAGCAGGCUGUCCAGAGGGGGGGGGACAGCGAUGAAACUACCUCAACGGUCAAUAUGGGAGGAGAGGACCACCAGGACCCCCUGGACAACGCGAAGCGGCGUUCAGGACGUCAGGUCAAGAGGAGGAAGUACAACGAGGACUUGGACUUCAAGGUGGUGGACGACGACGGGGAGACGAUCGCCGUCCUCGGUGCCGGUCGCAUCUCGGCGCUCAACGCCACGGCGCUGGCCUGGCAGACCGAGGAACCACCUGAGGAUGAAGCCAACAUCAUCGAGAAGAUUCUGUCUGUCAGACCACUGAAGAAAGAGACUUCACCAUCAGAGGACCAAGCGGAGGACAAGGAGGAAUUUUAUGUCAAGUACAGGAACUUUUCCUACCUUCACUGCAAGUGGGCCACCAUGGAGGAGCUGGAGAAAGAUCCCAGGAUCCAACAGAAGAUUAAACGCUUCAGGACCAAACACCAGAUGAAACACCUGUUCACUGAGCCCGAUGAGGACUUGUUUAACCCGGACUAUCUGGAGGUGGACAGAGUGCUGGAGGUGGCUGUCACCACAGACACUGAGACUGGAGAGGAGGUCACCCACUACCUUGUUAAGUGGUGCAGUCUCUCAUACGAGGAGGCGACCUGGGAGCUGCAGGAGGACCUGGACCCAGAGAAGAUCAAAGAGUUUGAGGGGAUCCAGAAACUGCCACCAGACCUCCGACACAUGGAGCGUCCUCUUCCAGAGAAAUGGCAUAAGCUGGACCACUCCAAAGAUUACAGGAACGGAAACCAGCUCAGAGAAUACCAGUUAGAGGGAAUGAACUGGUUACUGUUCAACUGGUACAAUAGAAAAAACUGCAUCCUGGCCGACGAGAUGGGUUUGGGAAAGACCAUCCAGUCCAUCACCUUCCUGUACGAGAUCUUCACCAUGGGGAUCCGAGGGCCCUUCCUCAUCAUCGCCCCCCUGUCCACCAUCACCAACUGGGAGAGGGAGUUCCGCAUGUGGACCAACCUGAACGUCAUCGUGUAUCACGGCUCUCAGAUCAGCCGGCAGAUGAUCCUGCAGUACGAGAUGUUCUACAGAGACCCGCAGGGGAACACCAUGCCCGGGGUGCUGAAGUUUCAGGGGCUGAUCACCACCUUCGAGAUGAUCAUGGCCGACUGCCCCGAGCUGAGGAAGCUCCACUGGCGCUGCGUGGUGAUCGACGAAGCUCACCGCCUGAAGAACAGGAACUGCAAACUGCUGGAGGGACUGAAACUCAUGAACCUGGAACACAAGGUUCUGCUGACGGGAACCCCUCUGCAGAACUCAGUGGAGGAGUUGUUCAGCCUUUUGAACUUCCUGGAGCCGCUGCAGUUUCCCUCAGAAAGCACUUUCCUGGAGGAGUUCGGAGACCUGAAAACGGACGAGCAGGUGAAGAAGCUCCAGGCCAUCCUGAAGCCCAUGAUGUUGAGGAGGCUGAAGGACGACGUAGAGAAGAACCUGGCGCCUAAAGAGGAGACCAUCAUCGAGGUGGAGCUGACCAACAUCCAGAAGAAAUAUUACCGAGCCAUCUUGGAGAAGAACUUCUCCUUUCUGUCCAGAGGAGCCCACCAGCACAACAUGCCCAACCUCAUCAACACCAUGAUGGAGCUCCGCAAGUGCUGUAACCACCCGUACCUCAUCACAGGAGCGGAGGAGAAGAUCCUGGAGGGCUUCAGGAAGUACCACAGCCCAGACGCGCUGGACUUCCAGCUGCAGGCGAUGAUCCAGGCGGCCGGGAAGCUGGUGCUGAUCGACAAGCUGCUGCCCAAGCUGCUGUCCGGAGGACACAAGGUGCUGGUCUUCUCCCAGAUGGUCCGCUGCCUGGACAUCAUGGAGGACUACCUCAUCCAGAGACGGUACACGUACGAGCGCAUCGACGGCCGCGUCAGAGGGAACAUGCGACAGGCCGCCAUCGACCGGUUCUGCAAGCCGGACUCGGACCGCUUCGUCUUCCUGCUGUGCACCCGGGCCGGAGGGCUGGGCAUCAACCUCACGGCCGCAGACACCUGCAUCAUCUUUGACUCGGACUGGAACCCCCAGAACGACCUGCAGGCCCAGGCACGCUGCCACCGGAUUGGCCAGAGCAAAGCAGUGAAGGUCUACCGGCUGAUCACCAGGAACUCGUACGAGAGGGAGAUGUUUGAUAAAGCCAGUCUGAAGCUGGGUCUGGACAAGGCCGUGCUGCAGGACAUCAACCGCAAGGGGAGCCUCAAUGGGGUGCAGCAGCUGUCCAAGCUGGAAGUGGAGGACCUGUUGAAGAAAGGAGCGUACGGAGCGCUGAUGGACGAGGAAGACGAGGGCUCCAAGUUCUGCGAGGAAGACAUCGAUCAGAUUCUUCAGAGACGAACUCAGACCAUCACCAUCCAGACCGAAGGGAAGGGGUCCACGUUCGCCAAGGCCAGUUUCAUCUCCUCUGGAAACCGAACAGACAUUUCUCUGGACGACCCCAACUUCUGGCAGAAAUGGGCCAAGAUCGCUGAGGUGGAGAUCGACUCCAAAUCUGAGAAGGAGUCCCUGGUGAUCGACACUCCUCGCGUGAGGAAGCAGACGCGUCACUACAACUCCUUCGAGGACGACGAGCUGAUGGAGUUCUCCGAGCUGGACAGCGACUCCGAGGAACGGCCCUGUCGGACCCGACGGCUCGGAGAACGCAGCCGGCGGUACCUCAGAGCGGAGUGCUUCAGGGUGGAGAAGAACCUGCUCAUCUUCGGGUGGGGUCGGUGGAACGACAUCAUGAACCACGGUCGCUUUAAAUGGCACCUGGCAGAGAGGGACAUGGAGAUGAUCUGUCGGGCUCUGCUGGUCUACUGCCUGAGACACUACAAGGGAGACGACAAGAUCAAGAGCUUCAUCUGGGACCUGAUCACCCCCACCAAGGAGGGCGAGGACCAGGACCUGCUCAACCACUCUGGGCUAUCAGCACCGGUCCCUCGGGGUCGGAAGGGGAAGAAGCUGAAGAACCAGCUGAACGUUCCUGACGUGAAGAACGCGGACUGGCUGGUCCACUGCAACCCGGAGGUGGUUCUGCAGGACGAGAGCUACAAGAAGCACCUGAAGCAGCACUGCAACAAGGUGCUGCUGAGGGUCCGGAUGCUGUACUACCUGAAGGUGGAGGUCUUGGGUGAAGCUGCCAAUCAAGCUGGAGAGGGGACAUCUGCCAGUAAACUGGAGGUGUCUCUACCAGACAUCGACUACAUCGAGAUCCCGGCCUCUUGGUGGGACGCUGAGGCGGACAAGUCUCUGCUCAUCGGAGUCCACAAACACGGCUACGAGCGCUACAACGCCAUGCGGGCCGAUCCAGACUUGUGUUUCCUGGAGAGAGUCGGGAUGCCAGAUGUCACAGCUCUGUCUGCUGAGCAGGGCGGGGGGGACGUGGGCGCUGACAUGACUGACAGCGUGAACAAAAUUGAGGAGGUGAAGAACGAAGCGGAAGGCAAAGCGGAAGGAGGAGAGGACCGAGACGAGAGCAGCAAGGGAGAAGAAACCUGCUCCAGCACGGACACCUCAGACAAGCCUGACAGCACCGGUCCAGACUCCCAGAUGUCAGGCGACUUGUGCGUCCAGGACGGGGCUCUGGUCACCACCACCGCCACCAUGGUGGUGGGAACCGGCACCACCAUGGUGGUGGGAACCGGCACCGGGGUGGCGUCUCUCCACGUGGUCCAGGCCCGGCCCCUCUGGCCCUCCGGCCCGGCCCUGACGGCUCGCAUGCGGCGCCUGAUCACGGCCUACCAGCGCUUCACGCUGCGCCGCGAGCCCAUGCUCCGCCACGACUUCCUGCUUCACGACGGCCUGGUCGGCAUGGGGGCGGGGGUGGGAGGGGCCGGGGGCGGAGCCGCCCACGGUCACCACGGCGGCGGGCCGCUGGCGUGGCAGCUGGGGGAGGAGCUACGGCGCUGCUCGGUGGUCGCCACAGAAUCGGACCCGCUGUUCUUGGAGUGGCAGAGAAGGUGGACUCGUCGAGAGCAAGCGGACUUCUACCGCACCGUGUCGUCGUACGGCGUCGUGUACGACUCGGACAGGAAGUCCUUCGACUGGUCCCAGUUCAGAGCGCUGGCCCGGCUGGAGAGGAAGACGGACGAGAGCCUGGAGAGAUACUUCAACUGCUUCGUCAACAUGUGCAGGACGGCCUGCAGGCUGCCCCCCAGGAAGGAGGAAGGGUCGGUGGAUCCCGCUGUGCUCGUGGACCCUCUGACAGAGGAGCGAGCGGCCAGGACUCUGUAUCGCAUUGAGCUGCUCCGAAAGAUCCGAGAGCAGGUGCUCCGUCACCCGUUGCUGUCGGCCCGCCUCCAGCUGUGCCGGCCCUCCCUCUACCUGCCGGUCUGGUGGGAGUCUGGCAAACACGACCGGGACCUCCUCCUCGGGGCGGCGCGCCACGGCUUGAGCCGCACCGACUUCUACAUCCUGAACGACCCCCAGCUGAGCUUCCUGGAGGCUCACAGGAACUACGUCAGGGGGCACCCCUCCCACCUCCACCCCCAGAGUCACCUGCACCCUCACCUGCUGACGCACCCUGGCAUCUCGUCUCACUGCUGCCUGUACGACCCCCCUCAGCCUCCCGAGUACCCUCACCACCACCAGCAUCACCCGGGGCCUCCCCCGGCUCCUCCCCCCUCCUCCUCCUCCUCCUCCUCUCACCCUCACCUCCACCCCUCACCGCUGGACACCCACAACUCUGCCUCGCCCAGUCUGGGACUCGUCGCCGGGUCGCGGGGAGACUUCCUGGACUGCCCCCCUUUGGAUGAGAGCCUGGAUCUGGGCUCCCUGCAGCACGACACCAUGUCCGCGGACGCUCUGCACGGAGGGAAGGCCUCCAAAGACGCCCUCAACGGGUUCCCCUUCAACUCUGCCGCAGGAGGUCAGAGCAUGCUCAACUCGUACGCUGUCGGAGGAGCGGACCUCCACUCGAAACUGAGGAGCGACGUUCUCGUCGGGGAGCAGGGCUCGUCGGAGGAAACCGGGCUGAUGGCCCCGUCGGUGGAGCUGGAUCAGUUACAGGCUCCCUGGGACGGGACGGACCACUCCAGUCCAGCUCACCACAUGUUCAACGAGUCCGACCCAAUCCUGGGUCCGUCCGCUCUGGAGGCCGGCUUCCUGGAGGAGGAGGACGAGGAGGCGCAGGGAGGAGGCGAGGAAGGCGGAACGCUGGAGGAGUGUCUGGGCCUGCCGCCCUCUUCCUCCCCCUCCCACCCCUCUGCAGGAGAUCCCGUGGAGCCGCUGUCCUCCAGUUACAUGCUCUUCAAGGACAUCGGGGUCACCGAGGAACCGAGCGCCGAUCAGACCGACCUGUCGGCCAGCCCCCCUCCUCCCUACGUGCCCCCCCUCUCCCUGUCCGACAUCACUGCCCACGAGCACCAGGACAGGCUGGCCAAUCCCGUGGAGGAAGGAGGAGGCCGGGGAGGAGGCCUCCUCCAGUUUGAUGACAAGGAGGAAGACAUGGGAGACCUGAGGAGGAGGAACGAGGAGAAACGAGGAGGUCAAAGUCUGGGGAGGGAGGCGUGUGAAGCAGACCAACGUCUGGGAGUCUUGGAUCCACCCACCGAAGUAGUGGCAGAGCCUGGACUCGGAGACCAGGAUAAAGAAGACCUUCGGGGGAGCUUCGGCCAAUCGAAGCACAAGGAGGAGUCGCCGAGAGACGCUCACCCGUAUCUUGGGAAGCUGGAGCAGCAGGGCGGCCUCACGUGUCCCGAGUCUAUCGAAGAGCCUGGACAGGAAGUGGACGGGCUGAUUCUGUACCAGACGGUGGAGGAAGAGACCAUGGGAGACUCUCUGGACACAGAAACACUGCUGGGGAACAUAGCUGGAGAGGACGGUCCAGAGGACCUGGCAGGUCAAGUGGAUGAGAUCUCCAAUGGGCGGGUGGAUCAGGAGUCUCUCAUGGAGGUUCCAGAGGUUCAACCCUGUGAUGAGACGACAGAGAAACACAUAGACGUGAAACCCAGUGAGAUGGUGCUGCAGAGCAUUUAUUCUGAGUACGCAUUGCCCUCCUGCUCCGCUGCUUCUGUCUUACCCACUGCAGCAGCAUCACAGUCAAAGAAUGGAGCUGGACUCAAAAGUGAAGAGUCCAUGGAUCAGGAACACUAUGGAGGUGCAGCGGAAGAUCUGAACUUGCCAGACGGCAGCAGAGACUGUAAGAAUAGAGACCUGCCUUUCUCCCUCGAGCAGGACCACAAAAACGAUCUGCUGGAGCAAGAUGAGAUCAAUAUGGCCCCCACUCUUCCUGCAGACCGGAUGGACACCAAGCCAUCUGAUCUGAAGUUUUCUCUGUUACCGGACGGAGGUGGUGAGAAGAAACCACCGCAGCUAGAGCUGCCGGUCAAGGUGGAGGAGACCAAGACGGAGAUGGCUGGGGACGUCUACCCUGACAGCUCUGAAUUCAGACAUGGAAAGUUCCUCUCCUACCGGGUCAAGUCAGAGAACUUGGUGACCAAAGCUGAACCUGAAGAUCUCAGCCCCCCCAUGAAGGCUGAGAGCUUAGACCGUAAACCUGAAGGCCUCCAGUUUGCAGCCUACUCCGAAAUCAAACCUGAAGCUAAACCAGUAGCUUUCAGGUUUGCACCCCAUCCAGACGGAGCUAAGCUCAAGAUGGAGACAGAGCCAGAGGAUUUAAAGCUAAUUGCCUUCCCAGACACGUCUGCCAUCAAGCCUGAAGCCAAGUUGGAGGGUCCGGAGUUCUCCCCCUACCCAGACAGCUCUGAGAUCAAACCCGAGGCCAAGCCGGAAGACCUGGACUUCUCAGCGUUCCCUGAGAUCAAAGCUGAGACAAAGCAAGAGCUGCUGGAGGCCGACAGCACGGUCCUGACCCCAAAGCUCGAGCAGGCCGACUCCUCCGAGAGUCUGGUGGGGAAAAGCCAGAUGAAGGAGGAACGGCCAGCUACCCCAGUGUCUGUGGUGGAAGGUUAUGCAGGCAGCCCCAGGUUUGCAGCUCCGGCCUCCAUGUGUGAGCUCCCUGACGGCUUCCAUGACUCCAGGGAGCCGACCAUCGCCCAGCUGCUCCAGGAGAAAGCUCUGUACUCGUUCUCCGAGUGGCCCAAAGACCGGGUCAUCAUCAACCGCCUGGACAGCAUCUGUCACGCCAUCCUGAAGGGGAAGUGGCCUUCGUCCAGCGAGCAGUACGACUCGCCCGGCUCCUGCCUGGCCAACAGUUUAGCCCAGCACCACCAGCACCGGGUCAGCUUCCUCCCCGCCGCCGCCUCCAGCUCGGUGCCCGGCCAGCCCCGGAUCCAGCAGACCGGCCCGGGUCUGGGGUUCUCCAUCCCCCCCCCUCUCACUAGACUCCCUAAGUACAUGUCGCGGGGCGGCGCAUGUGGGCGCGGAGCUUGGCGCCUCACCUCCUUGCCUCUCUUACAGGAGAGGCUCGUGGCUCCUCCCUACCUCCCCGAGCUCAAACGAGCGGGAGGUCGGAGGUCGUUCGACUACGAGGCCGCCGUCGCCGCCAAGGUUUUAUCCGGGAAACCGGCGCCGUCGUCGUGCCACACCGCCGUCUCCACGAGCUCCGGCGGCGGCAGCGCCGCUCCGGUGGUGGCCCCGCCCUCUCAUCACGGCGCCGCCAUGUUGAUUAACGGCUGGCAGGAGACGGCCAUCGAUCUCACGAAGGCGUCCGGAGAAACGAGCGGCAGCGGAGGGUCCGGGGACGCCGCCGCGGCUCCGGGACUCGGACACCAGCUGCCGCCGCCGCCGCCGCCGCCCAUCACCGCACCGCUACCGGGCUCCGUGGGGAUGGACAUGGCCGGGAUCCUGCAGGCGGGGCUCAUCCACCCGGUAACGGGGCAGAUAGUUAACGGGAGCCUGAGGGGAGACGACUCCCUGAGGAGGAGGAGAGGGAGGAGGAGAAACGUGGAGGCGCUGUACUCUGAGUUCACCAAGAGCAGAGGACUGCACCUCCCGGACACACAGCUGCAGGGCCGAGUAGAGCUGAUCAGCCACUCCUCCGUCUCCUCUUCCACCUCCUCGCCGUCGCCCUCUCCUUCGGAGCGACCCCCCGGCCCCCCCACGCCGUCCUCCUCCUCCUCCACGCCCACCCCCACCCAGACGCCCCCUCAGCCGGAGAUCGUGGCCAUCGACCGGGAGGCGGCCAGCAAAGGUCUGAUGGAGUGGCUGAGGCAGAACCCGGGCUACAGCAUGGACCUGCCCUCCUUCUCUCACUCUGGAGCCGGUCUGCUUCAUGGCUUCGUGGAGCGUCCCAAGCAGAGGAGGCAUCGCUGCAAAGACCCGACGAAGCUGGACAUCAACUCGCUGACGGGGGAGGAGCGAGUUCCUGUGGUGCACCGAGGAACCGGACGCCGGCUCGGCGGUGCGAUGGCGCCGGCCAUCAAGGAGCUCUCCAGGUGGCUGGACGCUAACUCUGAGUACUACGUGGCUCCGGACUGGGCGGAUGUGGUCAAACACUCGGGUUUCCUCCCCGAGGGGAAGUUCUGUCGGAUCCUGACGGAACCGGUCAACAGAGACCCGGGUUCUCGGCGCCGUGGGCGACGUCCUCGCAGCGAGAUGCCGAAGCCGCUCCUCUCCAUCUCUGACUCCGCCUCCUCGGGCCUGGGCCCGCCCCUCUUCAUGAACGGGGGGCUGAUCGGCAGCAUGGACUCCAUGGUGGCCAUGCAGAACCUGCGCGGCGGCAUUCACGGGAUCCCCAUCUCCGGCAUCAUGGCGGCCGGCUUCCCUCACGGCUUCUCGGGCGGGGCGUCGGCGUCGGCGGAGGACGCCAAGAACGGGUUGAGCAUGUUGCCCAUGAUGCUGCACGGCAUCCCUCACCCGCACGGCGGCGCCAUGCCGCAGCACGCCUUGUUCAGCGUGGGCGCGAUGAUGGCCCACCCGCCUCCUCCCCCACACACAAGCUCCUCCUCCUCCUCGUCGUCGUCCUCCGCUUCGAAGGUCACCACGACCACCGCGACGGCGUCCGCGUCCGAGGCUGCCAGCCCUUCGUCCACCACCCCCGCCGACCAGGAGGGCGGCGCCUCCUCUGGCGAGAAGGAGAGGAGCCGGGAGGAGAAAGGGGCGGCGGCCGUCGUCACCUCCGCCGGCCGGUCCCAGCUGGGCGCCGCCCACCUGGGGGCCGGCAGCCACCUGACCUUCAACCCCUUCCUGAUCCCCGGCAUGUCCCACGGCCUGCUGUACCCGCACAUGUUCCUCCCCCACGGCGGCAUCAUGGCGCUGCCCGCUAUGCCCCCCGGGGCGGCGGAGCCGGGGAGCCCCAAGAGGAGGAGGAAGAGGGGGCGGGAGGAGGCGCAGAGGGAGGAGGCACAGAGGGAGGAGGAGAGAGAAAGUACAGUCAAGGCUGACGCCUCCUCCCCGUCCCCCUCCGCCCCCCCGGACCCAGAGCCGCCCCAGGAACCGGACUGCCACGACCCUCCGGCGGCGGAGGAGAUAGAGGAGAGGCCGGAGGAGGAGGCGCAGGAGGAGGAGCAGAGACAGGUGGAGGAGGCGUAGAGGAGCUCCCGUGUAAAGUUUGUGCCGUGUCUGUCCGUCGAUGUCCAUGAAGACUUUUAUUAAGACGCUGAAUAACUGAUUAUACUCAACUUGGUUCUGUUUAUAUACCAAGCCCCGCCCCCUCCCCCCCCACCUCCUCCUCCUCCUUGUAUACAAAGACCAGUGUCCCGUGUGCUCCUCCUGCAGCUGGACUGAGACUCCUCCUCCUGUACCCCCCCACCCCCCAUUAUGACUUUAUUAUUAUCAAUGCUAUGCCAUUGCUGCUAUAACUUCUUUUUAACAGAAGUUCAGAGUUCAGUCCUCCCCCCCCCCCCCCCCCC